AUGAAGGUUGAGAUCGACUCGUUCUCGGGCUACAAAAUCUACCCCUCCAAGGGGCGCCUCUUCGUCCGCGGGGACUCCAAGAUCUUCCGCUUCUCGGGCUCGAAGACGGAGUCAUUGUUCCAGCAGCGCAAGAACCCGCGCAAGAUCGCCUGGACUGUCGUCUACCGCCGCAUGCACAAGAAGGGUCUCACCGAGGAGGUCGCCAAGAAGCGCUCCCGCAAGACCGUCAAGCACCAGCGUGGGAUCGUCGGCGCCGACAUGGCAUCCAUUCUCGCCAAGCGCAACCAGACCGCCGCCGCCCGCACAGCCCAGCGCGCCGCCGCCGUAAGCAAGGCCAAGACGGAGAAGAAGGACAAGGAGGCGAAGAAGCCCAAGGGCCCCAAGCCGACGGGUGUUGCUGGUGGCGCGAAGGUUUCUAAGCAGCAGAUGAAGGGCACACGGGCGGGCGCGAAGACGCGUGUUUGA